AUGCGUCAUCGUACCUGUAUUCUACUUAUUUUCACUCGGCUGAAAUUAUUAAUAAUAAAAGAAACUGCUCUUGCUCAAUUAAUUGGUGAUUAUGGACGUUAUAGCCCUUCUUUUGAGAAGAAAAUGAUCGAAGAAAACCGAGAGGAUGGAUAUUGGAUUGAGGCUUUUCAAGCAGAAAAUCGAGGGGCUAUCGAAUUAGUAGCUUAUGGACUUAAUAAAGGAGAAAUCAAUCUUUAUCAAAAUCCAAACAAAACUACGGAACCAGGAGAGCCAACACUUAUUGAAAAUCUUGACUCUCCUGUGGCCAUGGAUCAAGCUGAUAUAACAGGCAAUGGAUAUAACGAUAUUAUUAUCUGCUUUCGAUACGGUAAAACAAUGUUAGAUUGCGAUCCUGACGGAGGAAAGAUCGUAUGGUUAGAAAACCCAGGACAAAAUGUCGAUAAAAAACUAUGGACAAAGCAUUAUGUAGGCAGAUCCACAGCAAUGCAUAGACUUAAAGUUGGUCAUUUUACGCAAAUUGAGCGGUGGGAAAUUUUAGGUUUACCUAUUGUUAGCCAGCCAUUUGAUUUACUUUCACCAGUACCUGUGUUGUUAUUUCGACAACCUGAUAGUAUAUUCAAUGCUACAGAAUGGCCUUUUGAAAUAAUUAAUCAGCACUUUUUUCAUCUAAUUCACGAUGCAACAAUAUUAAAAGGUGAUCAAUUGGAUAAUGUUCUUAUUGCAUCACGCGAAGGUAUCAGUUGGCUUUACUUUAAUCAAACGUUGAAACAAUGGAUGAUUGAAAGUAUUGGAAAGGGUGAACAAGCAGAAAAACAACAGACAGUAUACUAUGGCAGUGGAUGUAUCGAUGUAGGACAGGUCGGAAGCAAUCCUUUAUCUUAUAUUGCGACUGCUGAACCAUUUCAUGGAAACACGGUUGCAGUUUAUGUCAAAAACACAAACAAUACUUUAAAACAAAGUGAAUGGAAAAGAUAUGUACUGGAUGUAUAUGGACAGCCUAAUGAACAAGGUGAAGGUCCAAUUCAUCAUGUUGUCUCUGCUGACUUUGAUAAAGAUGGAGAUGAUGAAUUUCUUGUUGCACUUCGUGGACCAUUUCCCAAUCAAGGUGUCUAUCUUUAUAAACCGAUCGAUCACUCUCGUGGUUUAUUUUCGAAAUGGAAAGUUAGCAAUGACUCGGCUGCCAGAAUUGCUGUUGCCGACUAUGAUAACGAUGGUUUUCUUGACUUUGCAACUAUUAGCUACGCUGUUCCUGGCUAUUACGUAUCAGAAAAUCCUUCUAUUAACAUCUUUUACAAUCGAUUUGUCGAGGAGAAACCACAAAUUACCAACGAAAUACAAGUAAUGAAGCAAAACAAUGAACUCAUAUUUAAAGUUUCAAGACCAAGCAAAGUAUUACAAUAUCAAGCACUACCAUUUAUGACAAUACAUGGAAUCACCUUCUCAUUAGAAGUUUUGCCACCUCAUAGUUCACGUCAAGUAGACAGUCGUAUCUAUAUCAAGGUUCUUUGGGGAAAUAUAAUGUGGACAGAUUCUUCUAUAAAAUCAAAUCAAUUCGUCAACCAUUCACGCACAUUUCUGUGUCAACCAAGGACUGUUUGCUCUCUUGAGAUACAUAGUGAUAGUGACAGAAUUACAGCCGGAAGUGAAGGUGCACUUUUGUUUAUACACAAACUACGUGUUGACAUGAAUAAUAUUGCUCCAGUCGAUGAUAUUAAAAAAGUUACCCUUGAAAACUCACUACCAGAAUACUGUCCUGAAGAAACACGUCAAGUUGCUUUUCAAUUUAUUAGAUAUGAUCAAUAUGAUUCGGCAGAACAGUUCAAAGAUGUGGAAUUUUACAAUCUGAAAGGUUUUGACAUCAAGUUUGCGGAUAACAACGAACGCCUUUGUUAUGUGCAACUGUGGGCUGCUGGACUAGGUGUAAAUGCCGGUGUACACAAUCAUGCAAAGGCUUCAUUCUGUGAAAUUCAUGUCUGUAUCAUUAAUGGAAGUGGAAAAGGCGGUAUGCAUUAUCUCAAUAACUCCAAAGAAGUGUACGAUCCCCUUACAACACCGGACUCAGCAUUCGAAAAGUUACCAUUACCAAUAUUCUAUGAACACGGUGCUCUGUGGGAUAUCGAUUCACAAAACAAACCGGUUCUGCGAAGUGAUGGUACUGUUGUGUAUCCUUGGCACAAAUGGCAAGCUGGGACUAAUGGAUCGUUGAAUCAAUCAUUUGACAUUUGGACAGUUUUUGAAUUCAAUGCUCAGCUGUUAGCAUCGCCGUCUUGCUCACAUUCACUACUGAACUCUUAUAUCGUCUUGUUUUGUUCGUAUUUCGUUUCGUUUUUAUUUAUCAAUUAA